UGGUCAAACAAAAAAAUACGGGUCUAAUUAUUUUGGCCAAGGAACCCCCAGACAAAUUUUGAGCCCGAUCGGAGAACUUGUUUUCGGUUUAGGCUUUUUUCAAUGGAAUUGCUGUAUGCAUAGGUACUGUAAAUUAUUGCAAGCCAUUGUUCUUCAAAUAUUGGACGAACUAUAGAGUUAUCUAAGCCCGAUCUCACGCACACUAGCUUACCAUUUGUUUUUGCUGGCGGGUACAAAUUUUAACCUAAAAACCCUUCGUGUACAAACACGCAAUACAUACGCACGUAGAUAACUCUAUGGCAAAAAAUAAUCAAAUCGCGAACCUCAAACUAACUUCACUGAAAAUGUACUUUUGAAAGAGACAGUCGUUGACCAAACAUGGUGAAAUGAAAAAAGUAAGCUUAAAUAAAAUUUUAUAAAUAACUGUAAUCAAAUAAAGAUAGAUAAAAAUAUAAAUGUUGAAAAUCCAAUACGAAAUUUUAAGAGAACAACCUUUUACCAAUACAAAUAAGCCCAGUUUAACGGCUACCUUUGCUUGGUAAAAAAGAUGUGAGGUGAACGAGGAGGUAAAUAAUGGUUGUUUUGACAAGCAUCGUAAACAAAAAAAUAAAUGUUUGUCAACAAGUUUAUAACUAACAAGCGGUGUUUCAUACAAUAACUAAAAUAAGCUUAAUUCUGCUGGAAUCUCAAAAUUAGUUUUAAAGGAUAUUUAUCACAGUUAUUAAGAGUGUGCAAAUAUGUUGACCAUAAACGGAACACCGACCACCGUAGCACCAAAUCCGGAUGCAGCACCGCAUUGCGCCUUCUGCCUGCGGGAGCGUCCCCCAGUGGGCAAAUUUCACCUGUUCACCGUGACAAACUCGUCCAGCAUCCGCACCAUAAUGACCGGCAUAUUUGGGUUCGAGUUUGACGCCGCCGAUUUUACCGUUUGUACGCCGUGCUGGAGUUUGGUCCAGACGGUGGACGAUUUCCGGACUUGCUGUAUACAGGUGAACGAGCUGGGAAGGGAAAUAAGCCGGGGGUUGAAGUACGAGGACGAAUGGUUCUCCGAGGGGAACAUGCGAGCAAUUUACAAUGUUCGAGCGGCAAUCCAGAAUCACCUGGAGAGGAUAGAAGAUUACCGGUAUGUCGAUGAAGAGCAGGUCGAGGAUGUGGUUGAACAGAAUGAGACCAUUGAUGAAGCUCAAGUUGUGAAUAACGUAGCAAGGCAGGAUCUGGUUCAAAAUUCCAAGGAAGUACCAGACGAACAGUCGUGCAACAUAAUCGAGUGCGAAAAGUGUCUCAACUGGUUCAUGACCACUGCUCAGAUCGAGUAUCAUCUGUCACGUUGCCGUGGGCCGAGAAAGCCAAUAGAGGAAGCACUUUACGUGCAUACUUGCCACCUCUGCCAUGAAAGGUUCAAUCGUCCAUAUUUGCUAGAAUCACAUCUCAACUGGCACAAAGACAAAAAGCCUUACAAAUGCCGCAUCAAAUGCGACGAAAAAUUCUACGGCGUCGAACUAAGAUACAUACACGAAAGAUCAUGCCCGGGAGAUCCCCGGUGGAAUCGCGGCGUCCCUCAAACUGCAACAAAAGCCGUUCCAAGUAGCAAGAAACCUAAACCAAAACCGGCACCAGGGACAAAUAAAAAUAAAUUUGAGUGCGACAUAUGCGGCAAAUUGUUUUGCAAAGAGAGAAUCAUGAUGUCCCAUCGCAGAGAAAUUCACAAUCCGCCGAAAUACCGGUGCAAGCUUUGUGGUAGAGAGUUCAGGCGUAAAUUUUCGUUUAAUGUACACCUGAAAAAUCAUGAACGGGGAAUAAUCCCGCUCACUUCAAAAACGGCAAGCAAUGUUCAAAAAAGUGUGUGAACUGAUAUUUACAGUUCUUUGUGACGUUAUCAAAUCAUAUAUUUUAUGCAUCAUUUUCUUUUAAAAUGAAUGCAUAAAAUGCCGGCAAAACACCUCGAUUCAAAAAAUAUAUACAACUCAAUGAAU